AUGGCUGAAGAUUUUCCCAAUGCGAAUUUUUCUUUGACCUCAUCUUCUGGAUCGCGCCGGGAUCCUGGGUCUAAGUCCAGUGCCCUGUCCACUGGAUCUUACUCCGACGGUGAUGACAUUUUCCCAAUGGGCUAUUCCUCCAUGCCCACUAUGGACAGCCCAUUCAACAUGCCCGUGAUGUCCAACCUGGGCGGCUUUGAGACCAACCCAGCUUUUGAGUUCCUGGCAGAGGAUGUUCUGUCAGGUGGCAAUGCCCCAGACUUGAAUCUCGUGCCAUCGCAUUUCCAUGGACAAGGCCACGCACAGGACGGUUUGAAUCCCAGUUAUAUGCUCGUGGAUGGAUCCGUGUACAAUCCAGGAAUGAUGUCCAACUUCUCUCCAGAUCUGCCCUGGCAUCGUGUUUUCACACCACCCCCCGAGGAAUAUGUCCAGGAAGUGUUGCCGCACCAUUUCUUGUCUGCCCAGUCUUUCGAGGAGGAGCCAUGCCAAAGUGACCGGGAGAUCGCCAUGUACGGGGCUAACACCAUCCCAAAGCCGCCGUCUUAUAGGUCAGAUUGCCUGAAAUCCACCAAUCCCCUCCCCCUUUUAAUUGCUGACCCGAGCAGCACUCCACGACGAAGUUUGGUUCAGCCUAGGCCAAUCCGAUCUGCAUCCGAGCGGAGUGACUCGUCCAGUGAACAGAGCACUUCCACAGUUGAACCCCGGAACUCCAAAGAAGACUCGUUCGACAAAGUCAAGGCCAGAAGUGACCCUCUCUAUGAAGCCAAGGCCGACAAGGACGGAUUGUACCACUGUCCAAUGUUCAAGGAGGCCAAGUGCACCCACAAACCAACGAAACAGAAAUGCAUCUACAACAAAUACCUGGAUUCCCAUUUGAGGCCAUAUCGUUGCAAAUUCGCGGACCGACCAGAAUGCGAGGAUGCCAGGUUUUCUUCCAAUGCUUGCCUGUUCCGUCAUGAGAGGGAAGCCCAUGGACUACACAAUCACGGAGUGAAUCCUUUUCUGUGCAAAUUCCCGGACUGUGACCGAGCCCGCGAGGGGAAUGGAUUCCCUCGACGGUGGAACCAACGUGACCACAUGAAACGAGUUCAUGACUAUGUUGAAGAUGACUCUCCCAAGGAUCGUUCUACUGCUCCAGAUCAGGCCAAAAGAAGAAGAGCCCCCGCUGCUCCUACAUCGACCCCCAUGAAGAGAUCUGGCUCGUCAGCCCAUGCCAAAGCCCAAGCCCUGGCCGGUGCCGCUAUCCCUUCGCGGUACUAUGGUCGUACCAUCAGCCAAGCUCGAUACGCUGCCCCACGCAAAACCUACCGAGCCCAGCAGAUCGCCGCAGAAUUGACAGCAUUCAUCUCUUCUGAGUCGACGCCGUCAAAACGAACUGUCCAAAUCAUUCACUCUCACCACGCUUCCUCAGACGAACCCUACGAUCCCAGCAAGCAUCAAGAUCCAGAAAAUCUCCGAGACCAAAUCUACAACAGCGCAGCUCAGGAAAAGACCACCCGAGCGGCAGAAUUCUCGGCGAUCAAACGAGCUUUGUCCAAGGACAAUGUCGUGAUCGCAGAUGGCCUGAAUUACAUCAAAGGCUAUAGAUAUCAAUUGUGGUGUGAGGCUAAAGCUGCGGGGACGAGAUGCUGCGUUGUCCAUGUUGCGGCGCAAGAGGAUGAAUGCAAAAAAUGGAACAAAGAGAGGCUGACGGCAUGGGGCCAGCUAGACGACUCUGAACAAAGUGACGAGGCUGCUGGGGUGGGGAAGCACGCGCCUGGAAAGCAAGGGAAGGAUAUACUAGGAGACCUGGUACCUGAGAGUCACACGGCCAUAUAUGGCGACCGGGCCGUCGAGAAACCCAGCAAAUCGCGGUCUUCGUCUGUCGACGGACUCGACGGGGACGACGAUGGAGAAGAAAGAGGAAGACCACCACGACAGAAUGACGACGCCGCGACCCUGAAGUCUCUAUACGUCACCGAUGACAGAGGAGACCCUCUUAUUCCUUCGCCGACAAACCAGUCGAUCCCCCUUGCAAAACAACCAGCGUCCUCCUCAACGCACAUUUCACCACCUGCCCCGACAUGUUCACCCCCUUACUCGCCUAGAACGCUCCUCUCUCUGUUUAUGCGUUAUGAGCCCCCGUCCCCCUUCUCGCGCUGGGACACUCCACUUUUCACCAUCCCGUCCAGCGACCCUUGCCCACCAGCGCGCGAUAUCUGGGCCGCGCUUUUCCCGGGGCCUUCAAAACCGACAAGCAAGAAGUCCAUCUCGCAGCUCCCACCGCGAGGCUCAGCGGACAGGCUCGCGAAACCACACCAAGUCAAACCGCACGCGGCGACCGUGCUGCCGAAAGCUACGACCUCAGACGCCUUGCAGACCCUAGAGAGUGCUACGAUGGAUGUGGCACGGCACAUCCUCGUCAGAGCUCGCGAACAGGGUCUAGCGGACGGCAACGACGACGGCGGCGAUGUUUCACUAUCUGUACCCAUCGCAACCCCUGACGCGAUCGCGCAGCAGACGCCGUACGAAGCGACGCUACAUAUCCCGCCAGGAGCCACACUCACGCAGCCACUGCUCCAGCGUUUGCGGAGGAAGUACACACAGAUCCAGCGUGGGAGCAUCGCACAUGGCCAAGGGUACGUAAACGGACGGCGCGCCGUGGUCGAAGGGUUUAUUACGUUUCUGGACCGAGAAUGGAAUGAUGACGGGUAA